GACUUUGUGUUAACCUGUAUUCACAGUACACAUUCAUAGUGAUGAAGAAAAUAGCACACCUUUUGGUACUACUGUCACAUGUCGCCCAUUCAUUCAAUAGGAGGUUUGCAAACACGUGACUUUAGCGGUGGCAUUAACUUUUGGUUAAGUAAGUGGUGGUCAGGCCAACCGAAAUGGCUACAGCAGAGCAAGGAAAACGCGACUCUUUUUCGGAUUAUUUUCGUGCUUUAGAUUCAAAUUCUCAAACUCGAUACAUCGAAAAACUCAAAUUUUGUGAUAGUAUAGAUCUGUAUGCGUUAUCCACGAAGGAUUUGGACUACGAGUUGGAAAAAUAUCCGCCAGUUCAGUUCCCUGAUAUCUCCAACUAUCUGGUGCUACAAACAAGCUUUUGCACUGCUAAACAAAUGAAGGCUUGGAAAAGCAUGGAUUCGUACAAUUUCUUUGUCUGUGGAUGGAUUAAAGAAGUCGGAGUUAACAUCCUGAAAGACAAAUCCUGCAUCAUAAAAAGCCGUGUAAGUAACGAUUUAUGUGAACUUGUACUUGCUAGGUGUGUUAGCUCGGUGGAUGCUAAAACGUGUUUCUGCUGUUCUUUUCAGGUGAAACAUUUGCAAUGUUUAUCAAAAACACCAACUCAUACCUGGUUGUUGAUAAAAGAAGAUGGCAAAAUAAUAACCGUGAACUGCGACUGCAUGGCAGGCUUAGCGGAGUCGUGCCCACAUGUUGGUGCGGUCCUAUACGCCUUGGAGACCGGAGUUCGGAUGCGCCAAUCUGUCGCCUGUACUGAUGAGAAGAGCAAGUGGUUGAUGCCAACUCAUUUAGACAAAAUUCCUGUUGCUCCUGUAUCAGACAUAGAUUUCUCUUCAGCGAGAGCAAAAAAGCAACAAUUGGAUGAUGCCAUCUCCUGCUCUACAACUGAAGCCAAGAAGAUGCCUGCCAAACCAUGUCCACCUGUGGCUAAAGGCUCUGAGACGUAUAAGAAGUUCUUUGAGGAACUUAGCCGGAACUGCCCAAAAAGUGCUGCACUCAUAACAAAUGAGGCUUACUAUAAAAACUUCAUUCCCAAGUCAGCCACCAGCAUGCUCCCAAAGCCAAUCAUGGACUGUCGUACCAAGGAUACAGUCUCUUUAUCAGAUGGUGAUAUGGAUGAGUUGUGCAAGACCUUCACCUUGCCCGCACUUACAGCCUCACAUAUAAGCACAGUUGAGAGGGAGACCCGAAAACAAACAGGCUCAAGGAAGUGGUUUAGACAAAGGGCCGGUCGUAUCACAGCAUCCAAACUGAAGCAAACCCUCCACACUAAAGCUGAUAAGCCAGCCAAGAGUCUUAUCAAGGCUAUAUGUUAUCCAGAAUCUAACAAAUUCUUCUCAUCAGCUACCAGGCAUGGGUGCCAACAUGAAGCACAGGCAAGGCGGGAGUAUGAGAAGGCAAUGGCAGAAACGCAUGAUAGGUUCUCCAUUGCAGAAAUCAAAUCAAAUCAAAUCAACUUUAUUUAUAUGGCACUUUUCAUACAGUCGAGUAACACAAAGUGCCUCACAGAGGAUAAAAACAAAAACAACACAAUACAAAACACUGUGAAAAACCCGAAACCUUACACCCCCCAACAAAUAUACACACAGAUACGUAAUCACAUAUACAUUCACACACAUACGUAGACAUACGAACAGACAUACAGACCCACACACACAAACAUACGAACAUACACACACCAACAUACACCAUCUGUCAGUAAGGAGAUAUAGCGGAGACAUGGCUGGGCUCCGAAAUCCGAAGUGAGGAAGAAGCUACCUUUGGGGGCCACACACACCGAGUGGAGUCAUGGACCAUGACUGCAGGGGAGCCGACACAAGGACCACCCCAGCCCAGGCAGACAGGAGGCUCCACACGAAGGUGUAAAGCUCUCCAGCCACCCGGGCCAGGGCCAUCCACGGGCCAGCACCCCCAUCAGUGGACCAGAAUCAACUCCAGGUGUGGUAGGCCCCCAGGAGGAAACACUGGAGAAACGAGGGACUAAAAUAGUAAAACAAAAGAAAUUGGAUUGCACCUGAAUGCCAAAUGGCCAUACAUGGGAGCAUCACCAGAUGGAAAAGUAAAUUGUGCAUGUUACGGGACCGGAGUUUGUGAGAUUAAGGCAUAGACACAUUCAUUAUAGACCAUGUAUUGGUGGAAAGGAUUGUUCCAGAUUUGGCUUUUUGGCACAAUGUAGUUCCAAAGGCUGAGCUUUUUUUCCGCAAAUGCCUACUUCCAGAAAUUCUGGGCAAAUGGUUCACAAGGCCAGUCACAGCAUCAUUGCAAUCUCAAAACAGAUCCCCUUUAGGAUGUUUAAAGAGGCAGCUAUGAGUACUUUUCAUAUUUUUUGUAUUCUGAAUACAUACUCUUCAUGAGUCUCCCACCUUGGUGCCACCGUAAGAGAUAUAACACAACAGUUUUAGUAGUUCAUUUUUUUAUUAGAUUGCAUCACAUUCUCAAAACAUGGUAAAGUUUUACAAUUUGGUUCUUCCAUGUUGCAUUGUUUUGCUUGAACCAUAUGCAGGUAAUGUAUUUAAGUUGCAGUAAUGUGAAACCUUGCAAAAAUACAAUUUAUUGAAACAUUAAAGUGAGAAAAUUGAAAUAGAAGUGUCUUGAUCUGUUGAUUUUUUUACUUGUAUAACUGAUCUAACAAAUGCAUAAAUGCCUAUCAAGUACUAGGUCGCUACUCUGUACUGUUAUAAGUUGCACAAUUCUCAAAAUACAAUUCUGAAAAGUAUCAAUUUUCAUUCCUACAAAAACACAUGAAAAACAGUUCACUUUUUGCUCUUGUAAUACAAACUUUAGACAUUUGUUGUUUUUAAAUUGCCACUCUUACUCUUGGAAUUUUAAAUAAUUUAUGUUUUUUUAUCCAAGACGAUACAUUCAUAUGCUUUGACUAUUUUUAUACUUAAUUCAUUUGGCACCACACUCUGACAAAUUUGUAAGUGCACAGCAAAUAACCCCUAUUUUAUCUGUCACUGCAACACCAUCAUCUCCUUCAACUAGCAUGUGCUCCUUUGUCAUUGCCCGACUCUGCAGUAUCUGGUACUUUCGCCGCACAAGUCCAAUGGAUCCUGACACUGGCGAUUUUGCGUGUUUCCUCUACGUCACAUGGCGACAACUGAGAUUUCCCUUUAGUGAAUGCAGGGGUAUUCAAAGUUGCACCGUACAAACCCACACUGUCAGCGAUUGUGAAACCACGGUCUGCUAGCACAAUGUCCCCUGGUAAUAAGUGGUCAAGAAUACCACUGUCCUCAGUGAGUUUUUUUGUCACUAGCUCUGCCUCCCCAUGCUUUAGAUAUAAAUGAGACAUGUCCUUGCGGUGUAAUUCCAAUCAAAAAUUUGAAUGUAUUAUGGUGUUUAUAAUUUGACCAUGUCUGAAAAUGUGAAUUUGAAGGCCUUUCAAUAAAUACCUCAAAACAGUCUAUGAUGACAGCCAUCUUUGAUCCAAAAGCCUGUCUAAACUCCAUGGGCAUUGUAGCUCUCAGUGCUUCUCUUUCUGGCCACUCAAUUAAAAACCUGAGUCUGAGAUGUAACACAGAGAGCACUUUAUGAAAAAUUCUGCUUGCAGUAGAUUCAGAUAUUUCAAAUUGGUAUGCCAGGUCUUUAAGGGGUAAGGUCAGUCAUAACCUCAUGAAAACCAGCAUUAGCUGCUUGAACUUGUCCAGAGAAGACAGUGCUGUGGUGCUUAUGUAUGGUUCACAAAGAGAUAGUACUUGCAUAAGAACUAGAAAGUUGGGCAGUCCUGUGUAAAAAUUUGGCUUUUCAUUACUUUUCUGAAAUGACUCUUUACUGAUAGCUGUGUCUAGUGCCUUUGAUCUGAGUUCAUAAAGUUCACAGUUCAAGCUCCUCAACUCCUCUUCCAUGCUAACAAUAUCGGCACCGGUCAGAUCUGUUUGGCAUUCUACACUGGACAAGAAGUCCUCAAAUUCAUACGACCGCAUCGGUCGUUUGCACUGUGCACCGGAAUACGACCUAUGCGGUCGUAUGAACGUUUGCGCCCCUACGGGGAAAAUGAACGCAUUAUGGGAUUUAAUUCGCGAAACGGCUUUUCCGUCACAAAACGGCUUUUUCUCACUUUUCCAACACGUUUUUAGGGUUAGGGAUAGGGACAGGGAUAGCGUUAGAUAAAAGUUUGUUCAUGAUGACGUUUCACCUGCGACUCCAGAGUGUCGAUAUUUACUCAACCGCUAGAGGUCGCAUACGUCAAAAUGUAACACUGGGUCGUAAUACGGGCGUGUACAGACGACCUAUGUGGUCGUUUUUUGUUUGAGGACAGGCUGACACUGGAGCAUCCGUCACCAGGGCAACCGUCCUGCGCUGCAUUGAUCGCUUCAAUCUGCUGAACAUCGGAACUCUGGACUUGCUGUGUGUCAAAUCUCAUGAGUUUGUGAAAGUGUAACAAGGCCUCGCACCUUCUGAACAUUUCCUCUUUUCGUCUCGAGUUUGCAAUCGCUCAUUUCGCUCCAGCGUCUCUGCAGUCGGCUGUUUCACUUUCUCGUGGCCAAGUUUCCUCGUUGGAGCCCAGUCUAUGUCCUCCUCAUCAUAUAGAUUGCUAGGACGCCCUGUUGAACAAUGUGAGAAUAUUACACGGGUUAAAAUCGUACUAUUCUGACUGCUUCGUUUGGCUAUCAACAGAAACCGUCGUUUUGGACUAGAGUAAACAAGAUAAAAACAGCGAACGUUAGCUUGUUAGGUGGGUAGUUAGUGUUACCAAUCUUUAAAGAAUGGGUCUUAAAACCAACACAGAAAGGCUCUAAGCAUGUAUAUUAUAAUAAUUCACUAACCUUUAACGAAGUGAUCGCCACAGACUGGCAUUCUUUGACUCCGCUCCCUUCGAACUUAAGGAAAUGUUACCGAACCAUUUUUCUCUGCGUCUUCUCGUAAAAUCCUUAGUACGAGGCCUUUUUCUAAUCUCUGAACCCUGAAGUAUCCUUUAUCAAUUUCGCGAUUUGAUCAAUUAGAACAACCUAAAACAACACACGCAUAAGGCAUUUUUGACCGAUGAGUGAACGUUAGCCACGCUCGCUGCAGUCAACAAUGAGCUCCACUAACCACCACUUCGUGAUUCAAUUCAAUUCAAUUUUAUUUGUAUAGCGUCAAUUACAGUCAAAUAGUCUCAAGAUGCUUUACAGAACCCAUGCGUGAUAUGCAUAGGUAAUGAGGCGGAUGUGACAUCAUUUGCAAGCCACCUAUUUCUCAGGGUUAUCCACCAUUCCUAUUUGCAAGUAUUUACCAGACUCAUCCUUUGUUUCCGUCUGCCGUACCCCCCGUCUUAUCUCCUGUUAUCACACCUUUGCUAUUUGCAAGUGUUUACCAGACUCAUCCUUUACCAUCUGUCAUGCCCCUUGUCUUACCUCCUGUUAUCCAAUUGCCCUUUUGUUCUGUUGGUUUACCCUUGAUUCAGCUAUACGCAAAUUAACCACUGUCAACCUUGGUAUUUACUUACAACCCCCCCAACCCUUCCUCUGAGAUGUUCCUUUUGUCUUACCCUCUGUAUUUGCAUACAGCCCCUCUCCACCCUCUGACAUCCCUAUAAAAUGGGAAACCUCCAAAAUGUUCUGGGUCGGCUUACAUUCACAGACUCCUGCUCUGUGUUGGUAAGCCCACCGUAUGCCAGAAUACCAGUAAACACCCCACUACAGCAAACUUUGCAAAACUAAGAGUGAAAUUUCUUCAACAGUAGUACACAUUCAUAGUACACACUCAUGGUACACAUUCAUAAUACAAUGCAAUAACUUUAUUAGUCUCUGAAGGGAAAUUAAUAAAAUAAUGCACAUUCAUAUUCAUAAUACACAGUCAUAGUACGCAUUUAUAGUAUACAUUCAUAGUACAUAUUCACAGUACACAUUCAUAGUGCAUAUUUAUAGUACAUUGUAAAAGUACACAUUCAUAGUACAUAUUCAUAGUACACAUUCAUAGUACACAUUUAUAGUACGUGUUAAUAUUUAUAAUACAAAUUCGUAGUAUACAUCUAUAGUACAUAUUCAUAGUACUCAUGUGUAGGACACAUUGAUAAUUCACAUGUAGCGGUCAACGGGAAUUGAUGGGACUCAGAGAAUCCCCACAAUUUAAUCAAUUAUUCCUGCUAUUGUUUCCGAUGGUGGUGGAUUUGUUGUAGGAGCGCAAUGAUUUGAUCGUCAGCAGGCCGCUGACAUAGCGUUCACUUGUUGCCAUGGUUACUGUGCUGCUAUCAGACUUCGUGCCACUAUCUCGAUGGGAAAUCCUUAACAAAUCUGGGUAUCCAAACUUUAAGCUGCAUCACUGCCAAAGUGUGAUCUUUUUUUUUUUUUUUUGUAAUCACCCGUGCACCACAAUAUUGCACGGGUGUAAAACAAUUUAGCUACGCUAUGGUGAAGAACAUCAGGGAAUUAAUUGUUUUUCCUGGUCUUCAGCAGUAAUUUUUGUUGGUAAAUGAGAGACAUGAGUAUCGCACACGUCUACAUCUUCAAACCAUAAACAAGGAAGUGAAUUUGGUGACAUACGUGUAUUACAUUUGCACUGGGGACCACUAUGAUUGGUGGAACUCAUGGGAGGUGGGCCAAAAUUGAGAGAAAGUUGCGGUGAUUGGACAAAAUUGCAAGGCCGCGCAAAAUUCGUGGAGAUUGGACGAUUUCGUGUGAAUUCGCACGUUCACAACAUUGCGAAUUCCUGGAGGGACUGCAUAGUACACAAUCAUAAUAUACAUUCAUAGUUCACAUUUCUAAGGUUAUAUUGAUUAUUGAAGACGCUGAACCUGAAACUAAUUUUUGUUUGCUUG